GGCACGGAGACCCUGCCGGGCAACUUCCCCAACCGAAGUAACAGGUUCGCUGCUUCCGCGGCGCUGGUGGGCGGCCCCCGGACGAAGCACAAGGUGGGCGUGCGGCGCCAGUGGGCGGUUGUCAAGCAGCACAGCUACUGCGCCAACCACCGCAAGGCCGUGACGGGGACCGUGGGCCGCAUGCAAGCGCCAGCGAGGCGGCAGCGUGGCAGCAACGGGCGGCAGCGUGGCGAGGCCUCGGCGGGCCCAACCAACCAGGACCUAAGGCUUGCACAGGCGUGGCUGGAUACCCGCCUGCGCGACCUGAAUCAGGACGACUUCGAGGGGGGCCUCCGCAUCUUCUGCACGAGCAGGCUGGAGCCCCCAGAGGCCUUCCAGGACGUGUGGCAAGUGAUCUCCGAGGAGUCGGAAAUUGGCGUUGAGACACCCCUGCUCAGCCAGGAGGAGUCGGCCGAGCUGCACAAGAUCCUGAUGUUCUGCAACCAAAACAGGUGCGACGAGGUCAAGAGACUCUGCGAUAUCAUCACGAACAUAGACAUGGGCAGCAAAGACGCCCCGCCGAUGUUCUGGGUGCCCCACUCCGCUGCGCCCGAGAGCCAGGGCGGGGGCGGCUCGGACUUCGUGACUGCCGAGCUGGUGGGGGAACUCCUGCACAAGGGCCUUGACGGCAUCGUGAGCGGCGAGCCCGCUGGGCUGCGCCUCGCCAUGGCCGUGCGCUCGAUGAUCCGCAAGUCGGCGAGCCUCUCGCGGAAUUUGACCGACAUGAUGGCGGUGGCGCAAACGCGGAUGCAGUACGCGGAGCACCUGCAGAACUGCGCACACGCAACCUUGUGGGACUACGUCAGGGCCCGCAUGCCGCCCGAUAUCCGUCCGGCCGACGACAGCCUCGAGCCCGGAGUGCCGCGGGAGAUUGACGGCUUUGCCGUCGGGAAGAAGCUCGGGCAGGGGAUGUUCGGGACUGUCUACAAGUUGACAAAGAGGGACGGUGUGGGGAACAGGGUCGAGGUUGCGAAGGUGAUGCUCACCGAAGGCAUCAUGUUCAUCGGAGACCUGAUGCAACUCAACCGCAUUAUCCACGUGAUGACCACUCUGAGUAACGAGAAGCACCCAAACAUCAUUCGCUUGCACCAGACAUACCACUCGCCGACGAACAUCCUCUUCCGAAUGGAGUAUGGAGGCCCAGAGAACCUGCACCGCUUCCUGCUCCCCCGCCAGGCACAACAGCCAGAGAGGCAGCGAACAGUGGCCAUCGACAAGGUCUCGAAAAUCUUUUCGCAGUGCGUCGAGGCGUUCUGGCACCUGCACGCUGUGGCGCGCGUCUGCCACCGUGACAUCGAGCCGGAGAACAGUUCGACAAUUCGCUGUCCACUGUCUUGA